AUGAACACACAACGGCAUUCAGUAACAAAGAAAUCCCCUUACGAGGUAGUAUUUGGUCAGCGAAUAUUUGGUACUCGUAUACCUUUUAUCGAAAGAGGUGAACAAACGGUUGAGGAUGAGAUGUUGCAGGAUGAUUUGAGUGGAAAUAUGAUGAUAGGGGAUCAAUCAAUAGCGUCCGGAGUCGAUAGGGACAGAACCUCUUUUGACCCGUCACUUGAACGAUCACUUAUCAGUAUUGAAUCAGAUCACACACCGGGAGGAAGCAAUGAUUUGAAUGAGGCUAUUCGGACCACAAUUCGAAAAGAUGCAUCACUUGGUACAGCUAAUGCGCGACCGUCCAUGGUACAACGCAGCCAACAGCCCAGGGAAGUACCGGCUUUUCAGAAUGACACUUUGGUGACUUUACGGGUCCCAAGAUCAGAUCGUCACUCGCUAGAUCGCCGGAGGCUUCUUUGCAGAAUUGUUGAGGUCCACAGUCCUGUCCGCUAUACCCUAUUAUCAGAAUUCGGCAAAAUCAGUCGUAAUUGUUACAUAGGCGAACUUCAAAGUGUUCCGGCAUCUCUGACAUUUUCUCCAAUUGAAGGGGCUACAUCGAAAACUAUUUCACUGAGGCAAGCAUCACGCCUUGACAGUGAAGAGGACGGAAACCAGGGAAGAGAAACUAAAGACAGAUAUCAUUUCAUUAAUUAUACUAACAUCUAUAUCAAGAGCCGGACCUACUGCCAAUGUAGAAGUCAAUGUCUUAAAUCGCGCUGCCCUUGCUUCAAAUCGAAACUCAAUUGCGUGGAGUCAAGAUGUCAUUCAAAUGGGAAAGGAAAACAAACAGCGUGCGAGAACGCCUCAGGCAAAAUAGAUGAUAAUGGUAAUUGGCGCUCCAGUAUCUCACCGAUAUCAGAAGAUACCUUGGUUGAAGAUACUAUCACAGUUGUUCCUUCUGUUCCGCAUGGCGAUAGGUCUGACCUUCUCAAACAAUACGCUUCGGCUCAUAAUGUUCCAGAUUUGGAGUGGAUCACCAUCGCAUCCUCAACUGAUUGCUGUGCCUUUCGGGUUGAAGCAACCGUCAACAUCAUCGAUAAUAUGAUAGAACGGUAUACAGACAUUCCCUUUUAUCCCGUAUAUCUGGAAACGCGCAGAAGUGGAGAAAAAUGGUAUCCAAUGAAAGGGGCAUUCAGCGGAUAUUACUCAUAUGGACUGCAUAGCUUGGUUGGGCUAAUAUUUGACUCUCCAGAUGCAUCACAUGAGGAGCAUCUCGAAGAACAGAUGCAGGACCUGGAGGAACCGCACAUGCAGAAGGAAAACCUCAUUCUCGAGGUCAUUGCACCACUUCUCCUACAACUCUUCAUAGCCCAGGACAUGGAUCUCACCCUAGAUCAGGCAGAACCAAUAUUGAAAGACCCAAUCUUGAUGGAGUACGGUCAACUGGUUUCAGAGUACUAUACAGAUGGAAAAAUGAAGUCGUCAGUAGCGGGUACCAUAGAGGAUGAGGAGGACCAGGACAGCGAACCUGAGAUAGUUGAGAGAAUGACUCGAUCCAGGAGUAGGAGGGGAUAA